AUGUAUGCUAAGCUACCAACUCCAGUUUUCAUGAUGACUUUGCAUGAGUUAGGUCACCUGCAUGCUCAGCCCCGAUCGGCCUCUGAAAUAUCAAAUUGUCAUCGGGUGUUCAUAUUCUGUGGUGUUCUGAUUGACCGGUUUGCAACCUUAAUAGGUCUGGUUGCCUACGGCAGCGAAAGCGAAGCAGAGAGCGACACUGCCGACGAGGUGACAGCGCCAUCUGAAGGAAAAGUGGCCCCCACCGCCACCUCUCCACAGGGUGAACAAACACCGCCGCCCGAAGUUAGCGCAGCCGAGGAAGCAACCGCGAAAACAGUGGAGGCCUCCGAGAGGGGCAAAUCGUCGGAGUCCGCGCCAGUUGCCACAGCGACCCAAUCUUCGAGUGCCGCUUCGAAGUCCGAGAAGAAAUCCGCGAAAGUGAGUGAAAAAGCCCCGAACGUGAAGACUCCGUCACACGAGCCUGUGGAAAAGUCUGCGAGCGUCCAAACUCCCAAAAAGUCCUCGUCGAAACAAACACCUGCGAAGGAAAAGACGUCCAUACCGCACUCGCGCUCGCAUCGAGAUGAUGAGAGGGCGGACAAGAAGUCGAAAACUAAGCAGGAGGAAGAGGAGGAGGAAAAGAAGAAAAAGAAAAAGACUCACUCCGUUUCCCGGAAAGAAGACGUUUCCCCACAACGAGACCGCAGCCGUCGCCACCACCGUGGCGGUCCGCCUCCUCAUCCGCCUCGUCGACUUCCUCUUCUUCAGUCUCCUCUCACCACAAACGUACCCGGUCGCGUCACCAUCGGUCACCCGGACGUAGUUCUCGACGGCGGUCGCGAUCGAGGAGUGCUGGUGGCCGUCACCAUAAUCACGAUCAUCGGUCUCGUGACCACCAUCGUCGAGAUCACCGCCGAUCACGACGACACUCCACAUCUUCUUCGUCUUCAUCUUCAACGUCUCGCUCCCGUCGCCGAUCCUCACGCAGAUAGGGCUGUCAUGCAAGUGCCUGCCGUGAACUCUGUACAGACAAACUCACGCACACACGCACGCACUUGUGGCCGCGUUGAUUUACCUUCUUACCUGCCUAUAUAUACAUAUUUCUACCUAAGCUUUUCAGGUUAG